AUGGUCGCAGCCCCGUUGUUGCGCCUCCCCGGCUCGGGGAUGCGUUGUAUGGGCUCCCGUUUUUAUAGGAGCCCAAUCAACCCUCUCAAGAGCUUCUCCGGGCUCAAUAGCAUACAAGCGCAAAGACAGUCUAUACAAUGCUUCUCUACUUCUUUGUCCAGGUGGCAGGACGAAGUCUUGGACCGAACCCGCAACAUCGGAAUCAUCGCUCACAUCGAUGCCGGAAAGACGACGACCACGGAACGCAUGCUAUUUUACAGCGGCUUCACUCGGCGCCUCGGCGAUGUGGAUGAGGGUUCGACUGUGACUGAUUUCUUGCCGGCUGAGCGUGCACGAGGAAUCACCAUUCAGUCGGCUGCCAUCACCUUCCAUUGGCCUCCUGGUAAUGUCGACGGGGCUCAGACGGGGGCGCGAGACCAGUCUUUACCGAGGUCUGCAGCUUCACAUACGAUUAAUCUCAUCGACACGCCGGGUCACGCAGACUUUACAUUUGAAGUCAUGCGAUCCUUGCGCAUUUUGGAUGGCGCUGUCUGUAUUCUGGACGGUGUGGCCGGAGUCGAGGCACAGACUGAGAAGGUCUGGCAUCAGGCGAGCACGUACAAGAUCCCUCGCGUGAUCUAUGUCAACAAACUGGAUCGCGAUGGAGCUGCCUUUGGUCGGACAGUGCGAGAAGUGAGCUCUCGCCUAUCUGUAUACCCAGCAGUAUGCCAUAUUCCUUGGUUCGAAGGGGUGACGGGGCCAUUUGUUGGUAUUGCCGACGCUAUUAACCUCCAAGCCCUGAGAUGGAAAGAGGGCGAUGAUGGACGCACCGUGAAAAUGAUGAAUCUGGAACAACUUGACGCGGAGGAGCCGUCUCUGGGACAAGAGCUGAGAAAGGCGCGAAUUGCGCUGGUCGAGCUCCUCAGUGAACAGGACGAAACUAUUGUUGAGAAUUUCUUUGAAUGCGACGAGGACCACAUGGCCGUCUCUUCUAUGGAUAUUAUCGACAGUCUCCGACGGUGCGUUCUCGACCCGACAAGUCGAAUCGUACCACUUUUCGCAGGAGCGAGUUUCCGCAAUAUGGGUGUCCAGCCAUUGCUCGACGCGGUUGUGAAUCUCCUUCCCAGCCCCGCUGAGGCCUCUGAUCCAGAGGUCAGUAUCGGUGGCGUUAAAGGAGGACUACGACGGUUACUCUCAGGUGACCUUAUCGUCGAGCAGAGCGAGAAAGCCUCUGUUCCUGCCAAGAGCAAGAAAAAGAAGAACACUGCUCCUCAAACCAACCCCAAAGAUGCAAUUGACAAAUUGCAAAGCUGCGCCUUGGCAUUCAAGGUGGUCAACGAUGCCAAACGUGGCGUAUUGGUUUACGUGAGGGUGUAUUCUGGCUCUCUUGAUCGCAAUAGUCUGCUUUUCAACACCAACCUGCAUCUUUCUGAACGGGCCCCGCGUCUGCUGAAGAUGUACGCCAAUGAUGCAGUGGAAGUGGAUUCCAUUCCAGCGGGCCAUAUCGGUGUCGUGGUCGGGCUGAAGCAGGCCCGUACCGGAGACACUCUCGUUUCCUAUGCUGGCAACAAGCCGACACCCCCGGAACCUUUGACCAGUCUACAGCUGCGUCCUAUUGAAGUGCCCCCACCAGUCUUCUUCACCAGCGUUGAGCCGCAUAGUCUGAGCGAAGAAAAGAGAAUGCAAGAAUCACUUGCACUACUCCUGCGAGAGGACCCGAGUCUCCACGUCAGUGUGGAUGAAGAAUCAGGCCAGACUCUUCUGAGCGGCAUGGGCGAAUUGCAUCUUGAGAUUGCCCGUGAUCGUCUCAUCAACGACCUCAAGGCGAAGGCCUCGAUGGGUCGUAUCGAGAUCGGAUAUCGCGAAUCCGGAUUGGGUGAAUCGUCGCCGGUCACCAAGAUCUUUGAUAAGGAAGUUGCCGGUCGCCGUGGUAAGGCAGGCUGCACGGCACUUGUCCAACCACUCAAUGGGGAAGAUAUCUCCGACGCAGCGGAAGAAGACACUCUGCUUGCUGAAAAUAUCGAGGGCAAUCAAAUCAUUAUCCGGGCACACGGUCUGCAAAUGGAGCGUGCAUCCCGAGGAGAAGAAGAAUCUAGUCCAUUCCUACCACCCGGUAUGGAUACAGUCACCCUUCGCACAGCACUGCAAAACGGUGCCUUGGCAGCUCUCGCCCGUGGUCCCCAAUUCACAUUCCCGAUGCACAACACCCGGGUCACGCUCACCAUCAACCCUCCGGAGCAUCUCUUUGGCGGGGAUACUACAACCUCUGCACUCGCCGCUGCAGCCCGUCAGGCCACCAGUGCCGCGUUGCGAGAGCUACUUACAGGUCCGGGAACUGUAAUGAUGGAGCCGGUCAUGAAUGUCAUUAUUAGUGUCGAUGAAGCAAGCCUGGGCUCAGUUGUCCAUGACAUUUCGUCUUCGCGAGGCGGCCAUAUCGUCUCUCUCGAUGAGCAUGUUCCUAUCCCUGGUACUGAUGCGUCAAGCACCGAGUCCAUUGCCGCCGAAAAUGACCUACCUCCCAUUAACCCCAACCGCGUGUAUGCGCCGCCAGAUCCAUUUGCAACGCAAUCUGUUGCUGCAGAGAUAUCUGCCAUCUCGUCUAACCCACGCACAAUCACUGCCAAGGUGCCCCUGAAAGAGAUGGUUGGGUACCUGAAGCAUCUACGGAGCCUGACAGCUGGUCGGGGCACUUUUGUUAUGAGUGUGGACCGGUUUGAGAACAUGUCUGCUCAAAGACAAAAGGCCGUCCUUGCGGAGCUAAGAGGUGGCUUCUGA